CAGUGUCGGUUGGGGCUGCGUGGGCGGCGGGUGCGCAGGCGCUGGGCCGCCACCCCCCCGCUGCCCCCUGUCACCUCCGGUCACCUCCGGUGCCGCCCGCGCGUCCCGGCCCGAGCGGAGCCGGAGCGGGACCUCACGGUGGGGCCCGGGCGGGGACGGGGUGUCCCGCGGCGGGAGGCUGUGGGGAUGGUGCAUCUGAUUACCUGCUGGAAGUACUUCAAAGUCUGCACAAUGAGCUCGAUGUUGAUGUUAUUUUUUGCUGGAAUACUCAUCUGUUGUGCUCGCUCAGCUGGUGACUCGGUACCCAGGUUACUCCUCGUGUCCUUCGAUGGAUUCAGGGCUGAUUACUUGGAAACCUACAAACUUCCUCAUCUCCAGGAAUUCAUUGAGGAUGGUGUGCUUGUAAAAGAAGUCACAAAUGCUUUCAUCACCAAGACCUUCCCAAACCAUUACACCAUAGUGACAGGUUUAUAUGAGGAAAGCCAUGGCAUCGUGGCUAAUGACAUGUACGAUGCAGAUGCCCGGAAAAAGUUUUCACAGUUCAACGAUUCAGAUCCCUUCUGGUGGGAUGAGGCAGUUCCAAUUUGGGUAACAAAUCAACAGCAGGGAAAGGGAGCAAGUGCUGCUGCAAUGUGGCCUGGUAGUGAUGUAAAAAUCAACAACACGACCCCUCAGUUCUUUAUGAAGUACAACUUCUCAGUGAAGUUUGAGGAGAGAGUGGAGAGUAUUGUUGCAUGGCUGAACAGCUCUGACCCAGUGGUCAAUUUUGCUGUGCUCUACUGGGAAGAACCAGAUGCAAGCGGGCACAAGUAUGGCCCAGACGACACCCAGAACAUGCGCAGAGUGUUGGAAGAAGUGGAUCAACAUGUUGGUUUCCUCAUGAAUAAACUGAAGGCAUCGGGUUUGUGGGACACUGUUAAUGUGAUAAUAACGAGUGACCACGGAAUGGCCUCCUGCUCUGCAAAGAGGCUGAUUGUCCUGGAUGAAUGCCUCGGGCGCAAUAACUACACCCUCAUAGACAAGACUCCGGUUGCUGCAGUGCUGCCAAGGCAGAACAAAGAAGUUGUGUAUAACUUACUGAAAAAUUGCAACAGUCACAUGAAGGUUUAUCUGAAAGAAGAAAUUCCAGACAGAUUCCAUUAUCGCCAUAACAAGAGAAUCCAGCCCAUAAUUCUGGUUGCAGACGAAGGCUGGACAAUUGUACAGAAUGAGUCCCUCUCCAAGUUGGGGGACCACGGCUAUGACAACGCCCUGCCCAGCAUGCACCCGUUCCUGGCCGCGCACGGCCCCGCCUUCCGCCGCGGCUACAGCCACAGCACUAUGGACAACGUGGACAUCUACCCCAUGAUGUGCCACGUCCUGGGGCUCACCCCACGGCCACACAACGGCACCUUCGCCAACACCAAGUGCCUGCUGGCUGAUCAGUGGUGCAUCAGUGUUCCCGAGGCCAUUGGGAUCGUCAUCGGGGCUUUCAUAGUGCUCAGCACUUUCACCUGCAUCAUCAUCAUCUCCAAGAACAGAGUGGCUCCCUCCCGGCCCUUUGCCCGGCUCCAGUUACAGAGUGAUGAUGAUGAUCCUUUGAUUGGAUAGCGCGGAGGGAGCCUUGCCCCGCUUCUUAAAUUGUGAUUUCAGGAAAACAGCUUCAAUUUGCACUGGAUGGCAUUCUUUGUUUGAUGCACUUUAUCUGUGUAAAAUACUGUACAGCCAGACCCUGCUGAUUUGUGUGACUAGUGUCCUAUAAAAAUAUUUUCAUAACAAAACAGUGAACAGGUGGCUUUUUACUGGAAGAGAUGCUUAACAAAAUAAGGAUGCUUAGUUUUUCAUUAUGAAGCCUCUGAACACUUUCAGAAUGAGACUCCAGUGUAGCUAGCCAGGACAGAUGAAAUGAAUUUUAAUAUUUGUAAAUGAUAAUUGCUUUUUUUGUAUUAAAUUAAUAUUGACUACUUUUAGUGUUCUUGCACCUGUGUUGGAAAGAAAAACUUUAUUGCGAGUUAGGAGUUAGCUUUGUUUGGAGAGUAUAUUCUCGUGUGCCCUUAAAUUUGGGGAAAGAGAAGAUCCAAGACUUUUGUUUCUACCCUUAGUCAUCAAUGUGACAAGAAACUUCUGAGAAAGAAAGUAGAAGUCAGUGAUGAAAGAACUGGUGCAUAUCUCUUCUAUUUUGAGCAAUAAACUAUGUGGUUCAGCACUUACAAGCCUGGGCAGGUGGCUCUGACAUCUUUGGAAUGCGUCUCUGGACGACUUAGAUCCACAGAUCCAGUUGGGAUGGCACUACUGCCUUAUCUCAAGAAAGUCAGUUUCACCUGGGAAUUUUUGAAUUACCCAGUUUCAUGGGCUGUAGAUGUAAAAUUACUGCUCCUAAACCCUGUGGAAAUUUUCUCAGGAGUAAAUUCUACUGAAGGUGUUUUUGAGAUAAAGGUGGUUCUGCCCUGUGUACCAGCUCGUACUUGUCUUUUGAAGGCUGUUGUGCUAAAAAGCAACAAUUGAAAGUUUGAUGUGCAAGUCAUCAAGCAAGGAUUCCAAACUCUUAUUUUACACCCUGGAAAAUUAAAGGAAGACGUUAGCAGAUCUUAUCUGAAAAAAUAAAUUCUCUAAAAUGUUUGAGGUACGUAGAUGCAAAUUCCUGAUGAAGACCAGAGCUGUUCUCUUAAUUGAAACUCUUGAUUCUUUGUUAAUGGUCAUCUAGUAACUUGCUGUAAAAAAAAAAGUUUGACUGAAAAACCCUUAAAUGGUACCUUAUCUUUCAGUGAGGUUAAAUUGUUAUUGCUAACCCAAAAAGUGAAUUACAGUUACCAAGUCCAUUUCCUACAAGUUUGAUGGUUUUAAAAAAUAAAGUGACAGAGGUAUCUGGUAGCAAUGGGGUUUCUCUUUCACAACUUCAAAUUCAUUGCAAUUUGGUGUUGGCCACAGCCUUUUAGCGAUCCAGCAGGGACUUUGGAGGGAAGGGCUUACUUUGAACUGCCCACUGAAAAAAAGAAACUUGUUAUUUAUAAAUGUGUGGAAGUUUUAGUAAUUUGUGUCUUCCUCUCUAGGGAUUCCAUUGUACUGAUUAAAAACACAAUCCAAAACCUAA